AUGUCUUUCAUGGACAAAUUCCGCUCAGCGGCCCAAAAGGCCUCUAUUCAAGCCAACGCAUUCGCACAACAAACUUCACGCACUAUCAACGAACAAGCCGCUUCAGCCCGUGCAGGUUUCUCUCUCCCCAAGGAAUGCGAUAAAGCAGCCAAAAUCCUUUCCGCCUUCCUUGCCGACCCCGAUCACCCCGACUCUGCACUCAACUCUAUCCCUAAAGCCGUAUUGCAAAACGCUAAAGGUUUGGCAGUGUUUAGCGUUGUCAAGGCUGGAUUUGUUUGGUCUGGCAAGUUGGGGUCUGGUGUAGUGAUUGCAAGGUUGCCAGACGGAAGUUGGUCCGCACCUAGUUGUAUCGGAACGGGAGCGGUCGGGUUUGGUUUGCAGAUUGGUGCGGAUAUUACCGAGUUUGUGAUCGUGAUGAAUAGUGAGGAUGCGGUAAAGGCUUUUGCUCAUGCUGGCAACUUGACUAUUGGUGGUUCGUUGAGUGCUGCCGCUGGUCCCAUCGGAACGGGAGGGGCGAUCAAUGCUGCGAUUCGCGAUCCUGCUCCGUUGUUCACCUACUCGAGAUCGAAGGGUCUGUUCGCAGGCAUUAGUCUGGAAGGAACAGUACUGGUGGAAAGGAAAGAGACGAACAAAGAUUUCUACGGACAACCAAUCCCAGCGGUGGAUCUAUUGACGGGCAAGGUUCCUGCACCGGAAGCAGCAAGUGCGAUGUAUGAAGUGGUAGAAGCGGCCGAAAUGGUGGAUGAAAGUGGUGUGCCUCAGCAGAGUUAUGUUCCUGAUACCGCAGUGCAGGGUCAGCAGGGACAGGGUGGUGUUGCUGGCUAUGACCUUAGCGGUGGUGCAGCGCUUGGUUCGACGACAACAGCAACGCCUGCGACUGGAGCUACGACUGCAAGUGGUGCAGAGGCGAACAAGCCUAUCUUCGAUGCGUAA